AUGGAGGCUGUUGAGGCUUUUCUUGAUGGAGAAUGGGAUUCAUUGAGCAAGCUAUUUUCCUUUGAGGAAUCUAAUUCUUUGAUGGAUUGCAACACCAACAAUUUCUUGGUUGAUGCAAAUGUGUACAACAACAAUCUUGAUCUUGAUCAUCAUAAUCAUCAUAUUCAUGAUCAUGCUAGUAGCUUCCAUUAUGAUCAUAUUGACACGUCCCUUUUCGCCUCCAACGUCCCCUCCUUCCCCGGUGAUCUCAUGGGGGAGAUCCUCCAUUUGAAGGCGCAGAUGCUUUGCAACGACGGGAUGGACAAUGCUGAUGUAGAGCCACUUCAAGAUUCAUCGAAGAAGAGGCCUCGUGUGGCUAGACUGGCGAAGGCGAAUAAGGCGAGGAGAGGUGGGAAAGCAAGCAAGAAUGAUGAAGAAGAGAGUGUUGGUGUUGGUGUUGGAUGUGAGGGGGGUGAUUGUAAUGGCAAUGGCUCGGAGGAGUCUGAGUCGAAGGGGUCAAUAUCCACGUCCACGUCCACAUCGUCGGCCAAGAACAGGGCUAGCAAGAGCCCAGCAACUGAUCCACAAAGCCUCUAUGCAAGGAAAAGAAGAGAAAGGAUUAAUGAAAGGUUGAGAAUCUUGCAGAAUCUUGUGCCCAAUGGAACAAAGGUUGAUAUUAGCACAAUGCUGGAAGAGGCAGUCCAAUAUGUCAAGUUUCUGCAGCUACAAAUCAAGUUGCUAAGCUCUGAUGAAAUGUGGAUGUAUGCUCCAAUUGCUUACAAUGGGAUGGACAUGGGACUUUAUCAGAGGAUUAAUGCUGCAAAUUUAUGA